AUGGACGAUCUAGAGCACAUCCGAGAUGAUAUCGGGCAACUAUCCCGACUGAAAACUUAUACUCACGUUCUACUCUGCUUUCCAAUUCCUGACACCACGACACGUGAGUCCAUCACCAACGCUCUCAGAAACGCAGCGCUUGAGCUCACGUCAAGCUUUCCAUGGCUCGCCGCCAAAGUGGUGAAUGAAGGAAGUGGGAUGGGCAAUUCUGGUGUCUUCAAGCUUGCACAAUGCCCACAGUUUGCCCCACCGAACUCCAUUGUUCAGGUGAAAGACUGUUCACACAUAUGCCCAACAUAUGAAGAUAUCAUCCGAAGCCGAGGACCGUUCGAGAUGCUAGAUGGAAAAGUUCUUGCUCCCUGCGUAGCAUUCCCCGAAAUCCACGCUGAAUCAACGGAAUCAGAUCCGGCUUGCGUUAUAGCUAUUCAAGCUAACUAUAUUCAAGGUGGAUUGCUCUUGGAUGCAGCGACUCAACAUAACUUCAUUGAUGGAAAUGGUCUGUUUCAGUGCCUGCGACUACUUGCUAAAGCAAUGUGUGGCCAGAAGUUUUCCAAUGCAGAGAUUGAACAAGGAAAUAGAGAUCGCAGAACUUUGAUACCAUUACUCAGACCCAACGAGGGAAUGUUGGAUCAUAGUCAUUUGAAACGACAACCCUUACCAGCGACGUCUCGGCCAACACAGUCUCCAACGAAACCUGCAGAGUCUGCUGCCUGGUGCUGUUUUCGAUUCUCAGGUGCAAAACUGAAAGAGCUCAAGCACUCUGUAAACAAAGAUCUGGGGAGGAAUGCAGUAGCAAGCUCCAUUACUUACGUGUCUACCAAUGAUGCACUGAGUGGCUUUCUCUGGAAAUGCCUCAGCGCCAUCCGCUUGAAGCGUCGUCAACAGCCAAAUGACUUUUCCAAGUUCUCUCGAGCCCUUGAUGCUCGACGGGCGAUGCAAGUGCCGAAAGAGUACAUGGGGCAGAUGGGUUAUAACGCCACAUGCAGAAUUAGUUUUGGGGAUUUGGAGAAAAUGUCGUUAAGAGAAGUGUGUGCCCUGCUACGUGAGACCGUACAAACCGUCAACAAUGAGUACUCCGUGCGUAGUUGGGUUACAUUCAUUGCCAACGAGCCCGAUAAGUCCACUAUAAUGUUCGGCGGAACAUUCAAUCCCGAUACUGAUAUUGGGCUCUCAUCUUUGGCACACGCUGAGUUGUAUAGUGUGGAAUUUGGUGCACUAGGAAAGCCACAACUAGUUAGGCGUCCGAACUUCGGUCCGCUGGAAAGUAUCGUAUACUUUUGGCCGCAGACUGAAGAUGGUGAUAUCGAUGUAUUGAUGUGUUUGAGCGGAAUGGAUUUGCAGGGUAUGAAGGAGGAUGGAGUAUGGAUGUCCUUUGCCAACUUUAUUGGGUAG